AUGGACCUUAUUCCAAUGGUAAAUUAUGCAUCAUCAAGCACAAGUUUAAGUGAUAAAGAGGCAUUUCCAUCCUUCCUACGAACAGUGCCCAACAACAAAGGUCAAGUACAGCUGAUCAUUCGCAUUUUAGAGAAGUUUGAAUGGAACUGGAUUGCCUUCAUAGGAGGCAACACUGACUACGGUGAAGAUGCCCUUCAGCUCUUCAGUGAUGGCAUAAGAAACACCAGCAUCUGCUUGGCCUACCAGGAGGAACUCACAAGAAACUCAAACUACAGCGUCACAUUUAAGAAUAUCAACAUGCUUCGUAUAAACGUCAUCAUAGUUUAUACUGUGAGGUUGUAUGCAACUGAGUUAAUUGCAUCAGCCAUAAUGAACAAUAUACAGAACAAGGUGUGGAUUGCAUCUGAUACCUGGUCUUUGAGUAAAGAACUUAGCACUCGCAAAGGACUCAGCACCAUUGGUACUAUUAUUGGAAUAACAGAGAGGGUUGUGAGCUUACCUGGGUUUCCAGAAUUUGUCCACAAAUCUCGGGGUGACAGUAAACAUCCUCAGUGCAAAAACGAAAAACUCCAGGAAUUUGGGGCGACCUGUAAUCAGGCUUGCUAUAACUGCUCUUACAUCGACCCAAACAAAAUAAUUACUGAAGAUCCAUCUUAUAACUUUGCCAUUUACUCUGCAGUUUAUGUAGUGGCAAAAGCCUUACACAACAUAUUACAUUGUGGUACAAAAGGGUGCAACAAGACUGAAAGAGUCUUUCCCUAUAAGGUAAGUAGGUGUUGUGCAUGAAAGCAUUUUCUCCAUGACUGUGUGUGCCUGGAGUAAAUACAUUUAGCUAAAUAAUUGUUAGUUUAAGUCUCCUUAACAAAACAGCAGUAUAAUGAUAAUGAGAUUUUGAAAAAAUCUUAAUACAGUUAUUGCUGUAAAAACAGUGAACUGUUAUCAUGCUUACUGUGUUCUAAUAUUGAUUUUAUUUAUUUAAUUGUAACCCUAAACACAAAUGACAGUGAGGUAGACUAUCAGGAAAAAACUGCAUUAGUGGAGGGUUUUUAUUGAUUUGAUGGCAUGCAUAAAAAAAUGUUUUAAGCCGGUGUGUAGGAAUGAGACGAAUCGUGUAAAAAGAGAUCAGAUUGGCCACAAAAACACUCUCUAACUCUUUCUUGUACAAGGGAAAUUGAUGCA